AUGAAGGGCGAGAAGAUCUUUGUCGGUGGACUCCCGCCGUCGGCUACAGACGCCGAUCUGAACUCAGCCUUCUCUGUGUACGGCACCAUUACCGAGACCAAGCUGAUGAUUGACCGAGAGACGGGAAGAUCGCGCGGCUACGGCUUUCUGCAGUUUGAGAGCGAGAGCUCGGCACUGGAGGCCGUCAAGGUCGGCAAC